AUUCAAGGUUAGUUUAUUUGUCAAAGCAAUUACAUACUUCGUUUUAGUGUAAACAUUUUCCCGCUUUUAACUGUUUUAAUAUAAGAUUACUUUCAAUUAUGCAAUUAAAUGAUGUGCAGUCCUUCAUAAAUCAACAAACUGGUAUUUCAUUAUGGAAACACUGUGAUGCCCCAAUAAAAAGAUUAAGAUGUACCAAAGAUACUUCAUAUACUCAAUUACUUCCGCAAAGAAGUCAAGAUGAAUUCUAUAGGGACACACCAAUUUUUACUUGUAAAUUCUCUCCCUAUACCAGUAAUGAACAUAUAUUAGCUUUAGCAAAUGAAGAUGGGAAGCUGGCCAUACAUGACAGUUCUAAUGAUUAUCGACACGGUAUACAUGCCCACAAUAAUGCAAUUUUUGAUCUGGCAUGGAUGUUUGACAACAUGAAACUUGUUACUGCUUCUGGAGAUCAUACAUCUAAAAUGUAUGACGUAGGAGAAAGUGAACUAAGACAAGAAAGAGUGUUUUCUGGGCAUUCAAGAUCUGUUAAGACUGUAGCAUUUAGAAAAGAUGAUUCUAGUGUAUUUGCAACUGGUGGAAGAGAUGGUAAUAUCAUUUUAUGGGAUACUCGCACAAACACUAGUAGUUUCGUUGGUAAAGCAGAUGGAAUUAUAAGUAACUCUCACAUUUCUAAAGUAUUCACACCAAGUAAAUCGAGGAAAAAAUUCAACACUCCAACAAAUUCAAGAAUAAAAUCUGUCACUGGUCUUGUGUUUCAAGAAAAUAACACCCUUAUAUCUUGUGGAGGAGGAGAUGGUCUCAUAAAAAUAUGGGAUUUAAGGAAACAUUACAGCCAAUCUAAAAAAGAAGCCCUACCAAAACAUAUAAUACCUUACCCAGGUAAUACUACUAGGAAUGGUUACAGUAGUCUCCUUAUUGAUAACAAUAAUAUGAAGUUGUACGCAAACUGCUUAGAUAAUACUAUAUAUUGUUACAAUGUUGGUACAUAUAAUAGUGAACCAAUAAUGUACUAUACGGGUCAUCAAAAUAGUACAUUCUACGUAAAAUCUUCUCUAAGCAAAAAUGGUGAUUACCUUAUUAGUGGUAGCAGUGAUGAUAAUGCUUAUAUUUGGAAUACUAAAAUAUCAGAACCUAUAGUGAAACUAACAGGUCAUACUGCAGAAGUUACAUGUGUAGCUUGGUGCACUAAGAAUAUGGUAGUGGUUACUUGUUCUGAUGAUAUGAGCCAUAAGAUUUGGUCAGUGGGACCAACAGAACUUCCUGAUGAUUGGGAGGUACUAGGAAGAGGAAUAGCUGAAAUAAUGCCUGUUAAAAAUAAGUUGAAGCGAAAUCUCAAAAUGGAUAUUGAGUUUAUCCCCAAAAAGAAAUUUACUGAAUGUAAAAAAUGUAACAACAUCACUUCUUCGACAUUUUGCGAAAAUUGUAAUAAAAGUUUUUCAAAAAGGAAAAAUCCCUUUGAUACAGAAAGUGCAAAUAAAUUCCUUCAAACAGAUUUUGGCCCACGACGAUUGUUUGCCAAUGUGAAUAAUCCACUACCAGGAGAUAGAACUGAUACUUUAGCUUCUUAUUUGGGUAAUAAUGACACAAUGCCUUUAGAUGAUUAUGAACCUCCUUUGAAAGUACCAAGAUGCACUGAAACCUACGAACGUCUUUGUAAAGACGCAAAUCAUGUAUUGAGUGCUGAAUGGGAUGUUGAACCUCCUAUGAAACUUGCAAAAUUAGAAAUUACUCCAACCAAAAACAAAAGACCAGAUAUAUCCUCUCCGACAGUAAAUCUACCUAAUUACGUAGUAGAUGGUGUUGCUCCCCAUUUAACAUAUUCCCCUCCAAAGAAAAAGUGUCAAGAUUGGUUAACAAGAAUUAGAGUUGAAAAAAUGAUACGCAAAGAGUAUGAGAAGACUGAAACUGGUAAUAUGUCUAAACAACCCAAAUCUGAAACAAUACCUAAAAGAAAAUGUGUCACACCUAGGAGUCCAAUAUUAAGGUACUUUAAAGUUACUAAUAGUUCACACAGUUGUGAUAACAAUUGUUUGAAACAUCAGAAUUGUGUAGAAAAUUUUAGCAACAGUUUAGGAACAAAAUGAAUAUACUAUGCUUACUAAUCAGGAGCUCAGCUUUAAUGGAUGACAAAAAUAGACAAAGCUCUUAGGAAAUAAGAAUCUUAUUUAUGUUGUACAGUGUUUAGGUAGAAUUUUUUUAUGUAUAUAAAUAUGAAAACAGAAUUAAUGAAUUUUUACUUGUUCUUGUGUUUUUUGAUAGUUUCACUAUGAAAUAUUUAAUCUUCCAGAGAAAAUGCACCUUUAUUUGUGAGCAAACCUACUUCAGUUGGAAUAGUAAUUUAUUAAGCACUUAGCCCAUUUAAAACAUGGACUUAGAGAAAAUCGACUAUUGCUGAACAUGUCUUCAUUUUUUAGUUUCUGAAUGAAUCUAUUAAAUGUUAAUAAUGAAUAAGAUUUGAGUAUUACACUGUUGUUAUGUUGUAUGUACACAGUGAGUCAAUUUUACUUUUUUUACAAAUCUCAUUUAUUCCGCUCUCCAUUUUUAGUAAGAAUGCAUAAGAUUAUUCUUAUAGUUGAAUAAUUAUUUAAUACAGAAACUAAAUCUGCGGUCAAUAUUUAUUUAAUAUAGUGAUAUUUUACAAUAAGGGCUAAUAAUCUUAUCUUAGCGUGCAUUACAGUAAGCACUCAUGACCACAAUAUUUUCCGUUCAACCUAGUCCAAAUAGAAAGGAUUACAAAGCGUUUUGAGCAUUGAUAUAAAUAUUAAGAAAUGGCAAAACAUAAAAUAUAAAACUGAAGCUUUAAGAGGUUAUGUUAUAAUUUGUAUUGAAUUUUUUAGUGGAAUUCUCAACUAAUUUACAUUAAAGUAAAAUCAAUCAAGAAUCCUUCAAAAGUACUUAUAAUAUCACAUACAGCAUCACAUAAUGAAAUAGAAUCUCAUAGUUGCAAUCUGCGUCGUUUGAGUUUUAAAAAUUCCUCCAAACAACUCUCACUUCGAACCCCUCUUGAUGGUCAUGAGGUACCGCGACCAAAACGGUCGUAGUCGCUAUGUAGAACGUCCAAAAGAAUAUUUCAGGUAUCGUGAACACUUAGUGGAAUUAACCACAUGUUGGAACAAAAAUAGUAGAGACAAUAGAAGAUGAUAGCAAUAGAUACAUAUGAGAUUAAACAAAUUACGUUACACGAAUUUUAGGACUCUUCAUGUGACUUGACGCAAAAAUAAACUAGAGGAAACAGCUAUUAUCAUUUUUUAUUUAGGUUUUUAUUGAAUAAUUUAUAAAAUAAAGUCCAAUAUUCCAAAUAACCAAAAAAACAAACGAUUAGUUAAAAAACAAUGAAAUACUAAUUUAAUUAGUAGUAAUACUUUUGACCCCCUCCCCCUUGUCUCAUAUUGUUACAUUUUGGUGAUACCCUAGCCCCUCAUUAACGCGUGAAGUAAUAUAUGGAUGACCCUCAAUAAAAAACUUAUAUGGUAGCGAUACAGACAAUUCGUCUGGUCAUGUGUAUAUUAGGGUACCAUGUACAUUUCAACCCGAACUAUCUAUUUUAUCUCUCUGAUCUAUUAGUCCCAUUCCUCUUAGAAAGUUCAGAAUUUGGGGAAGCUGUAGCUGCCAGAGAUCUUCGUCUUCUAUUUCAUACCUUCCCAGGGGUAGUGGUCUGAAGUUGUGGAUAGAGCUUUAGUCUUCUGCGCAACAGAUUUCGCACGCUGCUAAGAUUUCUUCUACUACUGAGCUCCACAUAAGUGGGGAUCCCUUGUUAUCAUUAAUAUGGUGUCUUGCUCUACUUUUAUUUAUGCUGUUCUAGUGGAUAGUAGUCUAGAGGUUGUCCUAUCUACUCCUACCAGUGCAGUUUCCAUAGAUUUGCGUGUAAGGCUGAUUGGUUCGAGGUAUUUAGGAUGUGCGGUGUCCAUCUUUCCUAUUUUUGCUAUGAAGGUUACUUUGGCCCUUCUUCAAGGUUCUGUUAUGUACCCAAGCUCUAGACUACUUCUUCUGAAGCAGAUCAAGUGUGGAGAAUUUCCUCCUGUUCUCUUUGAAGAAGGGCUGGGAAGAUUAUGUUCACUCCUCACGAGUUGAAAGGUGCUCAGCAAUUUCUACAAAUUCUCUCACAGCUUUGAUAUGUUUUUCCAUUUUGUUUUUUGAGGCUGAAAGAGGUUCGUUUGAAAAGAUAGUGAUUUAGAAUGAGACAACUAGUGCUAAACAUGUUGCUACAAAAAGAGUAGAGAUAAAAAAAGAUGUUAGCAGCUUUCCAGGAUUUGUAGAUAACCAGUUUAUAUUUGUCUCUCUUGUACACUAAGGAAAUUUCAGUUUGUGUAUAGUUAAUCAAUUUUUCCAUGUAAAGGGUUAUCAAAUACUCGGCAUAAAUAUAUACAAUUUAUUUUCAGCCCAUCUGUAUUGAAACAGACAAAAUCAUGAAUACACAAUAGAAAUUAAGACAUGAUGUAAUAUUUCCUAUUUUACAAUAAAAUAAUAUGCUCUAUGUAGAUGAUACAACAAAUCGGAAAUAUAGAUGGCAAAUAAUAAGUGAAAACAAUGAUCGAUGCAAAAGUAUUGCUGCUUUUUCUAUCACAAUAUAUAAUAUCAAAUUCCAUUUGAAUAUAUUUUGCGUAAUAAAAUAACAAAUAUUUGAAAAAUAUUAUUUUUGGUUUAUUUUUUAAAUAACUAAUAAAUUAUAUAACAUGUUUAAUUCCAAUAUCAGUCUUAUUUUCCUUAGAAUAAAAAGAUUACCACAAUUCAAUUUGCACCAUAAAAAGCACUUUUUAAAAGUUUUCUGUUUCUAUUAAAUAUAUCCAACUCUUAUUUAAUACUAAAUAAUUACCAAAACAAAUAUUGUUAAAUAAAUUCUACAAUAUUGAAAAAAUUCUUAGAUAAAUAAACGAAUUAUUGAAAUAAAAUAGUUACCUUAUUUGGAAUACGAGGUCUGGCUAUUAAAUAACGAGACUGGUUACGAAAAAUAGUUUUAUUAUAAAAAUUCUUGGGAAAUUGUCGUUAAUUCGACGGUACUCUACAGCACACCUGAAUGAUUACUCUGCACGUCAAUAUCUAGGUCUUCGACUUUUGUCCAUCUGUCCAUGGAACUAUGUCUUCAGCUCUACGAGGUCUGGCUAUUAAAUAAUGAAACUGGGUUUUUUUAGUUUUAAGGGUUUUAUUAUAAAAAUUAUUCUACAUUCGAACGCUCCCCUACCCUCGCCAUACAUCUUUCUAUACGUUUUUUCUAUUGAUCGAAGCAGUGGUGGUGGAAGUCUUCUUUGGUGAUGUCCUUUAGGAGCUCUGCCGUUUUUUGCUUUACCGCUUCCAUCGACUCAAAUCGGGUCCCUUUCAAAGCAGAUCUAUUUCUAACCUUUCAAGGAAAUCUGAGCAGACUCACUUGACGUAAGAGCUUUUGAUUAGGAGUCAAGUUUUUUAAUUUUUUUCAUAUGUAAUUCUUCGUCUAAAAUUUUUCUAACCGUUGCACGCACAAUUUGGUUGAUUUUGGUCACUGUUCCGGAGUUGAAACAGUCACAGGGUGGCCUGGGCGAUGGUCAUCUCUGCGCUUACACCACUCAAAAACACGCGCACGAGAUAGGCCUCUUGCAACAAUUUAUAGCACUCAGGCGGAGUUUUUUCAAAUUGACGAGAAAUUUGAGAUUGAAAGAAAAAAACACGUUCGUUCCAAACCUAUAAUAGUGAAGGAAACGUGUUUUGGGACGUUCAUAGACAAGAUACACAACGCACUAUUUGUUUUUUACUCCACGUGUCUAGGGCGCCCUCUAGGGUAUUUAAUAGCCACAUCUCGUAAAUAAAAACUAUGAACGUCAGAAUCUAGGAAUCUUGUUGGCAUUUCUCGUUACUGGAUACUGACAACUGCACCUUUCCGUCUCUGAAGACGACAACUUGGUUAUCGAAAAGCGCAUUAGUUUAACAUAAAAUUGUCAGAAUUGUCACACCCUCUAGUUUGAUGUAAUUGUCAAAAUUAUUAGACCAUUUAAAGCACACCAGUAAAUUUACCUAGAUACGUAUAUUAUUCGAGACUAUUUUAAAAUUAAGUACAGCUUUUGUAUCUUAAGGGAGGGUAAACAUGUACAAAAAAUCAUUAUUAGAGAAACUUUCUAGUCCUAUAUCACUUUUGGUAGUAAUUAAGUUUGUAGAAAACAAAAAGAAUCAAAAAGAUAUUGUCCUUUUAUAUCAUAUUAUUGAGUUUUUCCUUAAUUGAAUUUGAUAAAGUGAGACAUAAGCAAUAGAAGCCCAGGAACGAAAAAACCUUGACACAAAGAAUUUACAAAUAAAAAUCAAAUUAUACCUGAAUCAAAAUACGUCUGUUCUCAUUCAGUCUAAACUGACAAAAGCAAUGAAAAUCAAGCGAAGUGUCAGACAGAGGUGUGUUGUUUCUAUUUUCUUUUUCAACGACUACUCCAAGGAAAUCUUCACCAAAACUAUAAAAAAUUAUGCCAGCGGAAUAUAUCUACUAAGCGCCCAUUGAAAAACUGAAUGUGGAAGGCGAAUGACAGAGUACAAAUGUUGAUUGACAAAUAAAAAAUCGAUUCGAGAUGCAUGAGCAUGGUUUAUGAAUAUCAAGAAGCUUAUCUGCAGUCGCGAUCUGAGAACACGGAUGCUCGAGUGGUACGUGUCUACUGUCCUCUUAUAUGGUGCAGAAGCAUGGACCCUAAGCACAUAUUGCGAGCGAUCACUAGAAGCCUUCGUGAGCGUGUCUACCGUAGGAUACUGAGCAUAUCAUGGAGAGAUCGUGUAAAGAAAAAGUCUUGGCAACAUCAUGUGAGGUUCAAAAUAUGAGAUCUUACAGCUCAUAAUUCGAGGAAAAACUGAAGGAAAAAGAAGAAUAUCUUGGUUUAGGAACCUGAAAAUGGUCAUAUUAUAUGACCGCAGCAAUCAAAGUGAAAAUAGCAAACCUUUGAUAUGGAGAUUGUGCAGGAAGAAGAAAAUGAAACUAUGAUAACCGAUGGUAGAGAUAUGGUAUGCUUAGGGGUACAAUCAGAUGUGUAAUUAUUACACAUUAUUAAAUAAUGUACUCCCUCAUUUAUAUGAUGUGCUACUAAGCAUAUAUAAAAAAUGAGACAUAUUGAGGAUAAGAGAAUUUAAAAUGAAAAAGAAAAUUAAGUAGAAAACGUUUUAAAUAAUUAUUGUGGACUUCACUUAUAAUACAGGUUAUGUGACAUACGUUGGAACCAUUUUAAAUAUUAUACCAAAGAUGUCGCGAGGGUAUAGUCUCGAGUAAUUUGUUAUCGACAACGUGCUAAGUACCACUACACAAAUCAGCUGUUGUCAGUAGCAAUUUACUAUGUUUAUAUUUCAAUUAAACAGUUUUAUUUACUUUGCUUGUUUUAUGUUAAAAAUACAAUAAGAAAAUCUUGUGAGCAACAGCAAGAUGGUUUUCAUGAAAUUUUGAAACCUUUCGUUUUCUAUCACGUGGGUGAUCACGUGAAACAAAAUUCGUAUUGGGACUUUUGACGGUUUGUAAGACUCGAAAAUCCAAAGCAAAUUAGAAGACAAUGAAAAGUUUAUUUUUAUACAUUACAUAUUAUAGUUUUGCAAUAUUGAAAAGACCCGUUAAAAUUGAAGAAGUGUAACUUUAUUUAUGUGUAGCAUAGAGGAAUAUAGAAUAUCUUCACCUGCAGAUGAUGAUCUUGUAAUUCAACACAUUUCUUCCUUUCCAAAGGAAUAAAGACAUAAAUCAAAACCUGAAUAUUCAGAGAUUGUACUACAUAUUUAAAGAUAUCUGCACUAACAGUUGCUACAUCAAAAUUCUCAACCAAAACAUUCACCAUCCUUGGACCGAUACCUGCAAUACUUGUGUCUCAUUGAAUGUACUGAUGAAAACUAAUUAAAAUGACAAAGACAACAAGGGCAAACUUGAGGUGAUUCAUAGACAAGACGAAAAAGCAAGAAAAAACCAUUAUCUAUAAUUAUCCAUGACACUAAUAAGUGACUAAAGCACCUGUAGCAUGAUGGAAUAACUAAGUGAGAUGAAAAUGAGAUUUCCUCUUAUAUUUUAAAAAAGUACUGAGGGGUUCCACGACCAAACAAAGAAUGGUAAUAUGCGUCGGCUAACACCAUACUUAACUUUGGACAUAGCCCAGACGACAAUUACAACAGCCAAAGGGAUUCAAGUGUGAGCUCAAAGUACCAAAGGGUUUAACUUUUUCUUUGAAGAUGACAACUUGGUUAUCGAUGAGUGUUGGUGUAGUGUUCAGUAUGAAUAUCACCAACGGUUCCAGAAAUUUCAACUCAGUUAAUACCAGAUUAAAAAUAAGGCAACAUUAAACAAAAUGGAAGGAAGUGUAUUAUCAAAUGUCGAGAAGGAAUCAAUCAGGGAUAUGGUUGUAGCAUAACUUAAUUGCCAAAAUCAAAUUAAAGAAACUAACAAAGCUGAUUUGAUUUCUGAAAAUAUGAGUUUUAAUGAUAAUCUAUGAAUUUAAAUGUUGUUCUUGACCUUUUGUAGAAUUUUUAUAUUAAAAUUCCAAAAACGAUUUUUUAUUUUUUGGAAACUCAUUAAAAAAAAGGUGACAAUAGAGAGUUUUCGUUUUUAGAUUUUUAAGACUUAUUCAGAUUUUCAUUAUAUAGAGGUUCCAAAUUCUUCCCUUGAAAGAAUCAACUAUGUAUAAUUGAAGUAAUUGACAAAUACAUGAACAUUUAUAUAGAGUGUUAAAAAAAUAAAACUAGGAAAACGAAAAACAUUGAUUUUCUCAAACAAUAUUUUUUUGACACUUUUCAUUUUUUAUUCUCAUUGCAAGUCAGUUGUUGCCAUAGAAUUUUAUUUCCUAUAAACAGUUUUACAAGUUUAAGCAAAAUAAAUAGUCAUUGAUAUUAUAAGAUUUUUUCCAUUUAAAUGUUUAUUGAAAAAAACCGAAAUAGGAUUCAAAUUUUCAGGAUAUCCUUAAUCAAGAUGUUUCUGUAUCUACAUCUUCUUCGAUUCGAAAACUGCUUUUUAUGAACAUCAAACAAACGUGAUAACCUUGAAUAUUAUAUAAAAACAAUUUUGUCAAAAAUUUCUAUUUUUUAAAUACUUUCAAUAAUAGACUAGUUGCAAUAAUAGCGAAGGGAAUAAAAAUUAAACUUAAAAUUAUUUUAUUACACAAAGUCUGAUUUAGUUUUUACGAGGGUCUAUCAAAAAUUAUGUAUGUACAAGAAAUUAGAAAAAUCGUUCUAAUAUUUUUUUCAACAUAUUUUGAUUCACCAUUUCAUCAAAAAUUAUUAUUAACAAUAUAGUCUUUAGAUAAAACCUUAUUAUUUUUAUUGAAUAUAAUCUAAGAAAUAUAAUGUCGAAUAAUAAAAUAAUUUAUUAUCUUGCUAUACAAUACAAAAUUUAUGAUGCAUUAAUUGAAUAAAAAAUUAAAUUGAAAUUUAUAGAACCUCGGUGAAAUCCACAUCUAUCACUACAUCAACACACAAUUAUAAUGUUUUCUUUAGUCUCUGAAGGUGAUAACUUGGUUAUCGAAACAGUGUAAUUGUGAAUUUGGGUGUAGUAGUAGCAAGCAAUGUUUUUGAUUGAAUGAUAGGUAAUGCAAUGCAUUUGUUCAUAAUAAAAUUAUUUCUAUAAGGAUACCAUUCCUAUAUUUUGGAAAACAUUCGAUCUUUGAUUAAAACCAGACAACUUUAAAUCUAAGCAGGCAAACUGAUGUUAAUAUAUACAUAAUACUUAGUAGAAAUAACAAUACAGAAAAGUCAAGACAUUUUUAUAGUAUUUAUCGAUUUGUAACCAGCCUCUAUCACGUUCCGUAGAAAAGUGCAAUACUAUAGAAAAUGAAAAUACUAAUACAGACUUUAAGAAGUGCAAAUAAGAUGAUAAGAGGGCUAUAAGUAUAAAUAAGAGUACAAACAUCAGAGGAAUGUUUAAUAUAUAGAACAUGGGCACAGUUCAAGUUCAAUGCUGUUUAAACUCAUC